AUGACUUUGUACCUUCCUGAUGAUUGCCUAAAUGAUAUUUUUGAAUAUUUGAAAAAAAGGGAUUUACGCUCAUGCUUGUUAGUGAGCCGUCUUUGGUGUAAUGUCUCUGUUCGAAUUUUAUGGAGAAAAAUGCAAAAUUUUAAAACUUUAAUCACUUGUCUUCCAAAGAAAUCCAAAGCAAUUUUAUGUAAGAUUGGGAUCAUAAUAUCAACCUCAAGACCUUCAUUGUUUAAUUAUACAUCUUUUAUCAAAAUUCUUUGUAUUAAUGAUCUUCAUCGUGCAAUUAUAAGAUUUCUCAGAAACCACCCUUCGACUCCAAAAAGAAUUUUUUGUAUUAUGAUAACACGGGAAAUGUUUAAAAUGUUUAUGAAUCAAACCUCUUUGAAAAUUUUAUAUUUUGAAUUUAACGUAAAUUACAACAUCCCUAAUAUUCCAUUUACCACUUAUCCUGGAGGAAAGGAUUGUUUAAGUAAUCUUUCUGAAAUUUCAUGUAGUUCAAAUUUAUAUCCUGAAUUUUUUUAUCAGAUAUCUCGAAUUUGUCAUAAUUUACAAUCACUAAAAAUAACUUUUGAAUAUAACAUCUCAAAUGGAUUAUCGGAAUUAAUUUCUGUUCAAAAAUAUUUAAAUUACUUGGAAUUGGAUUAUAAAGAUUAUCAUUCAGUUGAAUCAGAAGAAUAUUACAGCUUUUCAGAUGUAUCAGAUAAAUCUGACUUGGAUUAUUGUAGAAAUCAUUUAGAUGAAAGUCAACCACUAGCAAAAAUUCCAAACACAUUAACCAAGUUACACAUUGAUGGAAGACCUUGUCACAUGCAAUUGUCAUUUAUUUCUAAGCUCUCAAAUUUACAAGAACUUUCAUUAUCAAUUAUUAGCAAAAAAGGAUUAAAAGAAUUUAAAAAUCUUCAACAUGUUAUCUUUCCACAAUUACAAAUUGUAACUUUUGAAUAUAGAUGUCCCAAAGUUAGAUACCUGAUCAAUUUCUUAGAAAUCAAUGGAAAGAAUUUUAAAAUACUUGAUCUUGGCAAAAAUGAUUCUUAUAAUAAUUCAUUAAAUUUAGCUAUAGCCAAUUUUUGUACAAAUCUGAAAUCCUUACGAUUUACAUAUACAAAUACAAACUUGAAUUAUUACUUGGAUUUACUAAAAGUAAUUUUUAAAGGUUGUGAACAAUUAGAAAGCCUUGAUUUUUUGUGCGGUGAUUGUGAAGACUAUAUAUUGGAGCGUGAAUUCUUGGAGAUGGUUGUAGAAUUUUCACCUAAAAAAUUUCACGAGUUAAAGUUAGAAAUGGGAUCUUACGUAGAUGCAGAUACGGCAUUUCAAUGGGGAUUUAAGACUAUCUUUAAACGCUGGGCGAAUCGUGUGCCAUGUAUUCCACUUUCUUUAACUAUUAUUACGAAAAUAGAAUCGGAAAUUAUUUUGGAUAAAAGAAAUGAGAAAUUAAUUAAAAAGUAUAAAAAAUUGGGUGUUAUUAAAGAAAUUAAAAUAUUCAAUGAAUAUCAUAAUCGUGGUUGUCAUUAA